GGGAGCGCGCUGGCCGCGGCCACUGGUGAGGGCGGCUGCCCUCGGCAGCUCCCGGGGGGUGGGGAGGGCGCGCGCGGGCUGCGCGGCGGGGCCCUGCCCGGCCACAGAAGGAGGCCCGGCGCCGCCCCCCCAGGGGAGGGCGUGGAGGGGACCCCUCGCUGGGCUUAGCGCUCCUCGUCCUAUGCGACUCUCACGACCACCCUGGGAGGGUCACCAUGAUGACAACGAAGCCAAAGAGAAUCAAGUUUUCUGAGGAAGAGAAGAUUGUGAUUUUGGAAGAGUUCAGCCUGCGGAAGGACAUCCUCAUCCCCAAGACAGGCCGCUACCGCAACACAAUGGACCGGCAGCAAGCUUGGGAGGAGAUCACAAUGGCCGUGAACUCGCUCAACCCCCUCGUGCAGCGCACACCCGAAGAGGUCCGCAAAAAGUGGAAGAACAUGAUCAUCGACGCCCGCAAGGAGCUGGCCACCGCCAAGCACCCCUUCCUGCGGCGGCGGCCCCAGGAGCGCCUCUUUCAUAACAUCUUUGCCCUCUUCAACAAGACGGGCUCCGAGGUCCCUGAGCCGCUCUACCCAGCGGGGCCUGGCUUUCGAACUAAAGGUCCCCCCAGCCCUGCUGGACCUGCCUGCAAGGUGGAAGGCUUUCUGGACCCUGUCCCCAGCUUGGUGCUCCGGCCCCAGGGGGGCGGGAUUGAGCCCAGCCAAGAGCGGGAGGGGCUCUGUCAGAUUGAAGUGGGCAGGAAACUAGACUCAUGGCCUGAAGUCACAGGCAAGAGCCUCCUCCCUGCCCCUGUGGAUGCACAGGCCCGAUUCAAGGAGGAUGCUCUAACUGAAGACACCUCCACCUAUGAAGAGAAGAGGCUGCUGGACCCACUGAAGGACCUGCCUCUGCACUGUGAGCCCAUGCCUCAGGUGCAUCCUGCUGUGGCCCCCGGGCCAGCAUCACCAGACGGUGUGCCUGGGGACAUGCCCCACCUCUGCGCCUUGCCAGUGCCCACAAGCCCAUCCCCAGACCCGGCUCUAACGUUUAAGAUUAAAUGCCCUGUCAGCCCUUUGCUGGAUUGGCCUUGUCUGGGAGUGAGUACGAGCCCGGUCACGCCCAGCAGCCGCACGGAUGCUCUGGGCACGGAAGGAAUCCACACAGCCAUGGACGACCCUGUGAGCGCUUCGGUGGUGGUGACUGCGGGGGAGGACUUGCUGCCAGGGCCCCCGCCCAGCGCCGAGGGGCUGCCAGAGAAGGGUAGCGAGGAGCUGGUCAAGCAGAGCCGCCUGCAGACGGAGAUCCUGGAGCUGCAGAAGGAGACGCUGCAGUUGCAGAAAGAGAAGAUUCUUCUGGAGAAGGAGAAACUGGUCCUGGAGAUUGUCAAGUUGCGGCGGGAGCUGGGCACCUGAGCUGGGCACCUGAGCUGCCUGAGCCUGCCUGCCUGCUGCCUGCUGCCCGAAGCCGGAACUCCUGGGGGGAGAAGAUCCUGGAGCCCAGCCACCUGCCUGUGCCCAGAGGCCUUCUCCUUUCCAGUGCCUGUCUGGGCCCACCCAGGCCAAGCCACCCCCUCCUCCUCUUCUUCCUCCUCAUUACUUCUGCCCAGACUCUGGGGGAAGGAGCAGGGGGCAGGCUCCCUGGGGCCUGCUCCUGGAUGCGAGUCCUGUUGGAGCUGGGCUGGGAAGGGUAGUUAGAGGCUCCCAGCCCAUACUUUGCCCCUCAGAGCUCUGCCUGGCCCAAGUAAGGUCAGGAACCUGAAGGGAGAAGUCCCAGGGAGCCCUGCUGGGGCCCCGGGAGGUGGGGAUGAGGGCGUGUGGCCUAGGCUCCCAGUUAGCUCUCUGCCCCGGCUCAGGAGGUCCUGAUCAUAGGUCAGGCCCCCACUGACCUGAAGCCAAAACAAGGACAGAUUUCUCAGGCCCCAUCUGUGUGCCCUGUUUGUUCUCUGCCAACGGUCUGGGGAGUAAAAGCAUCCAGGUGUCCUUAGCGUUGGGUCUGCCUCCCUGGCUCUUGUUCUGAAUCAGGCUCUUUUUUAUGGGAGAAACACUGGCCAGGCAGCCUUGGCAGGCCCUCCUUUGGGGGCAGAGAGAGAGGAAAGGGGCCCUUGCUUUGUCCAGGACCACUGACCCCCUCUUCAUCUUGAUUUUGCCUGUCUGUCCUCCUGGCCUCUGGGACUGGUGAGGACCCUGGCUAUGGAGAUGGGUCUGUGGUGUGCUGGGAGGAACCCUUUUGUUUGUUUGUUUUUGUUUUUGUUUGUUUUUUGGUGUGAGGCAAUUGGGGUUAAGUGACUUGCCCCGGGUCACACAGCUAGUAAGCGUUAAGUGUCUGAGGUUGGAUUUGAACUCAGGUCCUCCUGAAUCCAGGGCCGGUGCUCUAUCCACUGCACCACCUAGCUGCCCCUGGGUGGAACUCUUAACAGGUGUAUGGGAGGGAGCCCUGCGUCAGGACUGGAAGCCACCCCCACCCCCACAGACGCACACGCGGCCCUCCCUCUACCUCCCCCACCCAACCUGAGGCCCUGGCCUUCAGCCUCUUCUGCAAAGCCAGGGCCUUCCCUUAGAUUUUGUUAGGGCCCAGGACGGCCCAGCCCUGCUCUGCCUCAGGUCCAGGUUUGUCUCUGUUCCUCUGCUGGUGAUGGGGAAGUAAUGAAAACUAUACGGGGCAAAAAUGUUCAUUGUCCCAGUUUUCUAAAAUUGAUACAAUAAAUAAGUGGGGAAGAAGAAAAAAAAAUC